CGCAUUGUCUUGCGCAUUAUCCGCCCUGUCGUCGAUCCAUUUUAGCACCGUCCUUUCCGGUUCGCUCUAUCGAGUGACUGCGUCUUAUUUAGUUUUAGCUGUAUACAAAUCUUUCUCCAUCUUCCACAAUGAGGAUCUACAAAGAUAUUUUCACCGGUGAUGAGAUGUUCUCAGAUACCUAUAAAAUAAAACUGGUCGAUGACGUCCUCUACGAAGUGUAUGGUAGACUUGUCACACGCAAGGCUGGAUCAAUCGAAAUAGCAGGAUUCAACCCGUCAGCUGAAGAAGCUGACGAAGGUACGGAUGAAGCUGUUGAAUCAGGAGUUGAUGUAGUACUGAAUCAUCGUCUUCAAGAAACUUUUGCCUUCCAUGACAAAAAGUCCUACACUCUGUACCUCAAGGAUUACAUGAAGAAACUAGUUGCUAAACUGGAAGAGAAGGCACCAGAUCAGGUUGAAAUUUUUAAGACCAACAUGAACAAAGUCAUGAAAGAUAUUCUCUCAAGAUUCAAGGAGCUACAAUUUUUCACUGGCGAAUCAAUGGAUAUUGAUGGAAUUGUUGGUCUAAUGGAAUACCGUGAUAUCGACGGUGACUCAGUGCCGGUACUGAUGUUCUUUAAGCACGGCCUAGAUGAAGAGAAAUUCUAAAUAAUUCUUAGAUAUGAAACAAAUUGUGGAAAAAAAUUUUAUAAGCUGAAGCUAAGACUGCCCACAUGGCGACGCCGCUGUGAAAUUAAGUUACAAAUAACCCUUCCAAUUUCCUGUAUCAAUUGCAGUUUUAUUUAUCAAAAAGAAACCUAAACAAUAUUAAACACUAUUUGAUUGUCUUUCUAAACUGUACAUACUCAGAUUACUCAGAUAAAUAUUUAUCACUUGUCGCAUUCAGCUCUUACUUUAAAGACAUGACCUCCAACUUGUGAGACUAAACAUGAUUGUUAGUCUAUUUAUUUUUUGAUUACCACUUCUCUUAACAGAUUUAAUUUAUACACUUGUAUUUAUUACGGAAUGGAAGAUGGGGAAAGAAGACGGUAGCACAACACUUCGAUCAAUAAUGCAUUGUGAAUUAUUUACAGCUGUUACAUCAAUAUUAAUUAUUUUUGUUUCUGAAAUAAAUUCGAUACACCUAUGCCUGACGAAAUAAACUAUUGACGUUUUCAUAA